GGGUGCGAGCCCGUGUCGAAAUUCGAGCGGGAGCCCGCGAAUUUCGGCCCGUUCCAAUCGUUAUUUUGAUAUCCGACGGAAACGAUCGGUCGCCAUGUCGCUGGCGAUAGCUCGCCGCUCGGCCAUUUUUGUUGCGUCACGUCAAAGUGCGGGCAGGGGCCUCCUCUGUGCUCCUCUAUCAGAGCCAGUCUCCGGGAUUCCUUUGUAUCGCGUGCAGGGAAAGACUGAUAGUCGCCGUCGGCGUAUCGUUCCGCGGAUAACCGAUAAGAGUUUCAUUACGGUAUAGAAGGUAUUAAUCGCCGUAGCGAGCGUAUCACCGAUCAUUCCUCCUCGAGAUCACAAAGGAAAGAGAGAGCAGAGGAAGAGAGAGAGAGAAGAAAAAGAAAGAAAGGGAGAGAGAGAGAGAGAGACAGAGACAGACAGCGCGUGGCCGCGUUGGGAACUUUUUCGCGUGACUCGACUUGAGAUCGGCGUUGUGUGAAGACGAGCUUAAAAGAGCUUCAGCGAACGAGCUACGAAAACUACGCACCGAGGCGGAGUAAUAUGAGUAAUGCAGCCAACCAGAAUGGAUCAGGUCUAGAGCAGCAGUUAGCUGGUCUGGACUUGCAGGGCUCCCGCCAACCAAGUGGGGGUCGCUACGUACCACCGCAUCUGCGUCAUAAAACUGGCAGUAACCCACCUUCGGAUUUACAAUACUCUUCCAACUCGAGACCGUUCGGCGACCGAGACAGAGGCGGCGAUCGCGAUCGUGAUCGUGAGAGGGACAGGGACCGGGGCAGAGGUGGUUACAGGGAUGCGCGGAGUCCCCGCGACAUCGACUUCGCGAACUUCGGCAGCUUCGGCGGACGCAAUAGACGCAGUCAGGAGAAUGGAAGGGAUUACAGGUAUCCCACCUCCGAGCGCGAUCGGCCGAUUAGUUCCGGCAACGAUCGCUGGCAGGAACAGCCGAGAAAUGAUCGCUGGCAAGAGAACAGAAACGAGCGGAUGGGAAGCGGCAGCAGAUGGGGCGACGACAGAGGCGGCAGUCGCGGGAGGGGCGAGGUCGACUGGACGAUCCCUACUUCCAGAGACGAGCGACUGGAGGUGGAGCUCUUCGGCUCCGGGAAUACCGGCAUCAAUUUUAGCAAAUACGAGGAUAUCCCAGUUGAGGCUACCGGAGAGAACAUACCUCCACACAUCACAUCCUUUGACGAGGUUAAGCUGACGGAGAUAAUAAAGAACAGCAUCGCCUUGGCAGGAUAUGACAAGCCUACGCCAGUGCAGAAAUACGCGAUUCCGAUCAUCAUCGGACGCCGUGACGUAAUGGCCUGCGCCCAAACAGGGUCCGGUAAAACAGCGGCCUUCCUAGUGCCAAUAUUGAACCAGAUUUACGAGAGCGGUCCGCGUCCGCCGCCACCGCAAGCGAACUCCUCCGGCAGACGCAAGCAGUACCCGUUGGGUCUGGUGUUGGCCCCCACGAGAGAGCUCGCCACGCAAAUCUAUGACGAGGCACGAAAGUUCGCGUACAGGUCGCGUAUGCGUCCCGCGGUCGUCUACGGCGGCUCCAAUAUAGUAGACCAAAUGCGCGAGCUGGACCGCGGCUGCCACUUGCUCGUGGCAACGCCCGGACGUCUGGUGGACAUGCUCGGACGCGGCAAAAUCGGCUUACACAAUUGCCGAUAUUUAGUUCUCGACGAGGCCGAUCGUAUGUUGGACAUGGGUUUCGAGCCGCAAAUAAGACGCAUUGUCCAAGAAGACAACAUGCCCCCCACAGGAGAGAGACAGACUCUCAUGUUCUCCGCUACCUUCCCGAAGGAGAUUCAGAUGUUGGCCAGGGACUUUCUUAGUAACUACAUUUUCUUGGCGGUCGGCCGCGUCGGCUCGACCUCCGAGAAUAUCACGCAGAAGAUCGUGUGGGUGGAGGAGCACGAUAAGCGUUCUUACUUGCUCGACUUGUUGCAAGCCAGUAACUUUUCCGAUCCCACUGCGGAGUCGCUCACUCUAGUGUUCGUGGAGACGAAGAAGGGAGCCGACAUGCUCGAGGAAUAUCUGGCUCAAAUGGGAUAUCCGGUUACUAGCAUUCACGGUGACAGGACGCAGCGUGAACGGGAGGAAGCUCUGCGCCGCUUCCGCGCCGGCAAAGCCCCGAUUCUCGUCGCAACUGCUGUAGCGGCACGUGGUCUCGAUAUACCGCACGUUAAACACGUCAUCAACUUCGAUUUGCCGGGCGACGUCGAAGAAUACGUACAUCGUAUCGGCCGUACCGGUCGUAUGGGCAAUUUAGGUCUGGCAACGUCGUUCUUCAACCACAAGAAUCACAAUCUGGUGCGUGAUUUAGUGUCCUUACUCAUCGAAGCUAAUCAAGAACUUCCACCAUGGUUGGACGACAUGUACACCGAAGCGAGAUACUCCGGAGGUGGAUCUCGGCGUCCUGGCGGCGGCGGCGGCGGAGGUGGCGGUGGCGGCGGCGGCGGCGGCGGCACCAAGGGACGCUUUAGCGGCGGCGGUUUCGGUGCAAGAGAUUAUCGUCAGCAACCGAGCUCUGGCUCCGCUCGUAAUAAUAGCUCCUCCAGACCAGGCGGUUACGGAGGGGGUUAUUCAAGUUACGGAGGCAGUUAUAAUUCAUCGUACAAUAAUUCCACUAACAAUGGCAACAGUAAUGGCCCCGACUGGUGGGGAGGAUGGGACAAGUAGGCGAUUAUUUCUAGCUCUAUUUCUAUUUCUAUCAUCAUUAUUAUUAUUAUUAUUAAUCUACACCGAAAUUAAAUUAUAUGUAAGAGAAACACGAGACAUACAUCGGACACACUGCACACGUGUUUUGCGCGCGUAUGCAUGUAUAGUCGGCGUCAGAAGUGCUGAGCACCUUUUCGCUUUUCAGGGAUGAGUUAUACGGUUUUAUUUCUGUUGUGAAGUGAGGCUAAUAACUAUAGUUAUAUAUAGAACAUCAAACGUAUUAGAUAGCUUAGAUUAGUACAAUAUUUAUGUACUAAAUCGCUCGCCUAAACGGGACGUAUUAUUAACACUUUAGUAACUAUUAUUAUUAUCUUCAACUUAUGUCGGGAUAAUUCCGUACGGAUCAACUUUUUUCACGGGGCGUCAAAAGCGGUUAUAUAAAGAGGAGGGGAUUGUAGAUGAAAGCACAAUAUAUGAUAGCGUCUUGAAGAUUCAUUGGGGAGGGGGGGGGGNAAAUUAUCCUCGUUAUUUUGACACCGACUAUACACUAGAGUACAGAGACAGUUUCACGUAUAAACACACACAUACACACCCACGUUCGCUGACUGCCCGUGCACUCCGGUUUUUCGAUGGGAAGCAAAAAGAAGGGGAGACUCACAUCGUUUAAAUUCCAUUAUAUUACAUUUGUUCACGUGCGACAAAUUGACAAAUCCUGUGUGCAAUUGAGUAUUCACACCGGCGGUGGGGGAUCGUCGCCGGGGGGGAUAUUUCGAACGUAAAUGAUCUCACCAUGAAACAUGCGAGUAUCGUAAAUGGGAUUUGUUCAAACACUUCUACUACUACUAUUACUACUAUUACUACUACUACUAUUACUACUACUAUAGUUAGAAAUCCAUCCAACAUUUCGUUGCCGUGCGUGCUGACGAACACAAGUAGUAUAAUCACUAACGAAUCAAAGUCAUUAAAGAAAAGAAAAAAAAGAAGGAAAUCGAUGAAUCGUUAGUGCCUCUACGGAGGUAGUAACGAUGUAACACAUAGUAGUGGAGAAACCUAGUAAAAUUCUUUAGAACUCCUGUCGAGACUAUGGCGCUCAGCUAAAAAUAGCUUUAGUCUUUAUAUUAUUAUUAUUAUUUUUCUUUUUCGUAGCGGGUUGCGGUGAGCGUAUCUUCGGUGAUCGCGGCGUCUAGCGAUCGUAAAAUCGUUCCGAUGCACAAACGCUUUAUUGCCUUUGCUGUCACAGAUGGCCAGUAAAAAGUUUUGCGUAGUUCCGUUCCGGAAUGGAUGGCACAGUUUUCUCUUGGGUUAGACGUGUGUGUGCACGUUCAUUUCAAAACGCCUAGGAUACGCCGAGCCACCGUUGCCGUAGUUAACAUGACGACAAUUUUUAAUUUUCUCUCUUUAUUUUGUCCUUAUUUUACUAGUACGUAGUUUAGCGACGAAUGGUACUUUGUUGUUUUGCCGUCCCCAGAAACAGACGACGUUGCGCCGGCAAAUAUCACGGUUUACUGGAAUAAACCACGUGAAUUUUUUUCGGGGAUCGAAGGCUUCGGUAUUGAGAGAGAGAGAGAGAGAGAGAGAGAGAGAGAGAGAGAGAGAGAGANUACAGGCUACGUCUUAGCAUACCUUUAGAAAUCUUCAAAUAUUUCCGUUAUAGUCUUAUAAUAUACACAUAAACACAUACACACUUUACCGUUUCUAAUUUAGAAAAUUUCAAGACGAUGUUCGCGCGAUCUACUAGCCGGCAGCCGAGUUAUUUUCUAUAAUAACUGUGGCCAAGUACAGUAGAACCUCGAUAUUCAUCGUAAUCACAUUGUUAAUUUUCCAAUUUCUGUUGUAAUAAAAAUAUCUCGAUGUUCAACAUUUUUGUUUAAAGAGAAAUUUAUUUUUUAUAAAAUCGUGCACAAGUUUUGUCGGCUGCUCUGUUUCUCGUCUGAGUUGUGAACGUUUAGAGAAUAAGUUCGAAAUACUGUGUGCUCUCGAGAGGCUCGAUUCCAAAUCUUUGAUUUCUAAGUAAAAAUUAUAUCUCUCAUGACAAAAGGAAAAAAAAAUACACGAAAUUUCCAUUAAUUGGGUAGAUUCUCUUAGAGCGAGGAUAUGGAGGUUCCGCUGCACGGGUGAAAAAAAGGCUAAAAAGUAGCUAGUGGGAAGCAGGUAUAUAUAUAUGAAAUUUUAUGUACCUGAAUUUUUGAGUAGUUCUCUAACGGAACUGCCGUUGAUACCACGAUAGAAUCAUGCUUCGAAUAGCAUUUCUAAAUGUAACGAAGACGUUGCUCUGCGAAAUCGGUACGAUGCUUUAUAAAAAAGAAAACGAAAAAAAAACAAAUGCCUGUCUUAGUCAGUACUGAAUGUGCGAAUGCGAGUGCUCAUGGAAGACAAAUUAUACCGACGAGAUGGGUUAAAAAUACGGUUGCAGUUACAGAGGGGUUAUUAAAACAAAGAACAGAAAGAGAAAGAGAGGGUGAAAGAGAGAGAGAGAGAGAGAGAGAGAGAUGCUUUUUUGCACGAGAUAGCGGGCUCAAGUUCACACGAGAGUGAAAGGAAAAAAGGGAAAAGUAAAAAGAAAGCAGCAGAAGCCCCUUGGAUGAAAGAGACACACGGGGGGCGCACUCAUAUUAUUUUAUAGCUGUAUUUAUCAGUAUGAUACGCUAUAUAUAAAUACAUAAACACUAAAAUAAUUGUGAAAAACGACUGUGAUAUCGAACGAUCUUGUGACAUUCAAUUUCCACGUGAAUUGAUAAAUGAACAAUUAAUGGAGUAACAAAUGGUUUAAUGUAUUAAUUAAUCGGUAUUGAAUGUCGGGAAGGUACUAGAGCUCAGUUGUUUGAGCCGUGGACGGAAUAUUAAGUCGUUAAACAGUAAACACAUCAAGACAACAACGUGGCUGUUGUCCGAUCGGGGAGGGCUGAACGCUAGCUCUUGCGGUCCCCCAUGGGACUUUUCUAGGGCAUUGUUUCCGCUUAAAGUAAACGCGCAUUAACGGUAGAGAAUGAUAAGAGAGAGAGAGUGAGAGAGAGAGAGAGAGAAAGAGAGCGUGACGCGAUCUCGCGAGUCAUUACUGGUUGAUGACGAAAAAAAAAAAGAAGAAAAAAAACGAAGAAGAAUGAUUACGAUGACGUUGGUAGGGCUUUAUAGGAUGUCGAUAUCGUUUCGUGCAAACGUCGGAUUCUUAAUCUGUAAUCUACGCGAAGGGAAAAAGUACAAAUUCGAUUUGCGU